AUGUUGAUGUUUCUACCGACUGAACUCCUGGCUCUUGUAGUCCUCGCCCGUGCUGUCCUAGCUUUCCCACAAAUCGAUACUCCCGUAAAUGCUACGGCCACCAUAUCCAUUGGCCAAACCAGCGAGGGCGCGUUGGAAACGCCAUCGGAUGACCUUAACAGCAUACCAGACGAGUGUUUGGCCAAUCCAAGAGUUUGUGGCGGACGGGAAAGACCAGAGCUUCCAACGGCCACAGGCUUUGACGACACCGAUGUUGACAGGACCAUCGUUGGCCCGUCCACUCCGACCAAUGUGGUUCGCACUUCGAGUGUUCCAAAGGUUAUCAAUGUUGAGACAAAUACUGUAGUUCGUGCUGGGACGAAUACUGUGGCUCGUGUAGAGCCUGCUGCUACACCCAGCUCGGCAGCGGGUGGCCUUGAAUUAGAGGAAAACCAGCCGGACGCCAACAUAGUGACGCAAGACACGACUGGCCCGUCCGCUGCUACACCGAAAGAACAUGCGGGUAGUCCCGCAGGGGAUGUCCCAUCUAGGGUUGUCUUGUCAGACGCGCAACAGGCACAAGAGGCACAACAGACACCACAGACAACACAGAACAGUCUGCUUUCAGACAUAGUCUCGCGACUCGGCCAAACCCAAUCUAUUGUGCAGCCAACUCAAUCUGAUGUGCAACCUCCACGGCCUGAUGCACAACCUACAGGGCUUGAUGCGCAGCCAGCGCCAUCCUUGUCGCGUACAACAGGCGAUUCGGGCGAAGACUCCACCGUUGAUUCUACUGGCAACUCUGCCGUUGACGCCGUGCCGCAAACAGACGGAAAUAGCAUCACGCCAGGACCAGGCAUGCCAAGUGCCACAGGCACUACACCAGGAGCCAUUCCCAACUCUAUCACGCUCGGCUCAGCGGUAAUAGCGCUAACGCCCGGUGUCUCCACCACCAUCGGACCCAGCUCUGACCAGACGUUGGUUGCCAUCACCACGAAUGCUGCUGGAAGUACCCUAGUGACCAUCAGUUCAAGCGGGGUCGCUGUCACCGCUACAGUAAGCGCUGUGCCAACUACCGUUACUCUGCCGAAGACGGGCUUCGAAGCAAGCAUCACUGAUGUUGCGCGUCCUGGAGUGGUCACUAGUAGACUGAGCACUACUUCCAGUACAGCUAUGGCUGCUAAUAACAAGAGGAACGAAGUCGGCUGGUGGACAGGUGCCAUGCUGGGAGUCGUUGGGCUCGUACUCGGAUUCUGA